UUAGGUUUUAUGCUAUAGUGCUAUGUCGACUCUGUGGUAAAAUGUUUUGAGAUUUUGGUUUCAGAGUAGGUACCUAAUAAGGUAUUGUUUUGUUGAGAAAAUAAUUGAAAUGAGUGUUUUCAAAAUUAGCCAUGUAUUUCCAUAAUAAUUUAGGUUCUUAGCGUUGAUUUAACAGUUUAAUUUAAGAUGAUGUCGUGUGUUUGAUUCAGGCGUGAUAAAAUAGAUAUAUAAACUAUCCGAAAAGUGUUGAAUUGCCUUAGAAUCAUAAUUAUUCUGCUGUCAAUAAAAAGUUUAUUCGUCCCUUUUAAACGAAUUGUAUGCGCUUAGUGCGCUUUUUUUUAGGGUUGCUAGAUCUUGUACUGUUAAUCUAAUAAAUGAAAGAUUUCAAUCAUGUUUGUGUCUCACGAUAUGAAGUCUAAGAAAAAACCAAAACCCAACAUCCUACGUAAAAAGCCUGUGCUCAAUAAGUGUUUAGUUCACACAUUAGGCAAGCCUGAAUCUCAAGAUAUACAAUCUCUUCUGACCUCAUCUUUUGUUCUUGAUCCAAAAAAGAAUCAACUAGAAGAACACAAAACUACGAACUAUGCCAACCAUGUUUAUCCUAUAGAUAAAUCAGAACAUAAAGUAGAUGAUGAGGCUACAUGCAAUACUCAAGAUAGCAGAGAUAAUGUUUAUGUUAAUAACAGUUUAAUAUAUUUUAAUACCAGCCAACAAAAUGACAUUGAACUUAGCCAAAAUCAAACUGUAAAUGAGGAACCAUUUUUAUUAGGUGAUUUGAUAAAUCAGAAUGAAAAUAUGGUAUUUGAAAGAGACACAAACAAAGAUAUAGAAAAGCAGGGAAAACAUAAGUGGUGUUUCAACUUUAUUCAAGAUCCUGAAACCAUUAUAAUUAAACAAAUUGUUGACACUGAGCCAGGAUUGCUAGGAUAUGCCGAAAAAAAUCCAGUUGUAACAUUGACACCACAAUCUGAACAAUCAUCAGAGCCUACAAUAUUGCAGAAUGACAAUCUCACUCCAGUAAAUUACUCGCAAACACUGUCUAUUAAACCUAUAAUCAACUUAUCUCCUAAAUUUAAGUGUGAUAUACCUGACUGCAAUAAAGAAUACCGGAGCAAACAGAUAUUAAAAAAACAUAUGAGUGUACAUAGCAAGGAUAACACUGCAAAGCCACAAAGGCAGAUAAAUGUAGAAUGUCCAGUUAAACGGAUCCAUGAAAAUGGUGAUGAAGAGCCAUGCGGGAGAAUUUUUAAUAUUAGGGAAGAACUCAUGAAACAUUUGAAUGAAGACCAUACAAUUGAUGAGGCACUUUACAGCUGCCCCGAGUGCAGUCGGCGCUUCUUCUGGGCGUCGGGGCUGCGCGCGCACGCUCGCGCGCACGUGGCGCCGGGCCGCGCCGAGCUGGCGUGCCCGUGGCCGGGUUGCGAGCGCGUGUUCCGCCAGCCGUGCCGCCUGCGCGAGCAUGCGCGAGCACAUACCGGCGACCGCCCCUACCCGUGCCGCUUCCCGAACUGCGGCUGGUCGUUCCGCACGGCGAGUAAGUUACUGCGGCACGCGCGGCGGCACACGGGCGAGCGGCGGCACGCGUGCUCGGCGUGCGGCCGUGCCUUCCUGCGCCGGGAGCACCUGCGAGAUCACGCACAGCGGCACUCAGCACCCAAGCGGCGCGCCAAGCACGCCUGCCCAAAUGAAGAUUGCGAGCAGAGUUUCACGAACAUGAGCUCACUCUACAUGCACAUGAAGAAGGUACAUAAAGACGAGAGCGUCCCAUCUGCGGCUGUUACGAAUGCCGACAACCAAGAGAUAACGAGAGUUAAAUCCGAUAAAAUGUUCAUGGUAAGUUUAUUGGAGCCGAGUGAGGCCACUGAGAUCGAGCACGCAACCGUAGACGAGGAUACCAUUGAAGGGGUGCUGCAAGAGGAGAUGGGUGAGAUAGAGGAAGUGGAAGAAGUAGAGGAGACAGGGGAGUCGGAGGAAGUAGGUGACGUAGAGGAGGGGCACUCCGCACGCACGCACUGCACGUGGCCGCUACCGACGCGUGCCCAGCAUUUCCAGCCCAGUGACGAGUACGUGCUAGAGGAAGAUAUGCCAGUGGAACAGUCAGAGGGGUCUGAAAGCAAUAUAUACACAGUGAGAAGUGAUCUCUUCCUUCAUGGAAAUGUACUGCACAAUGAAGAUAGCGAGCAGAUGGCGCAGUGCGCGCGCGUGUCGGAGGGCGAGGGUGAGGGCGAAGGCGAGGGCGAGGUGAGCGUGGCUCGAACAGAUGCUCUCACGCUGGACGCAGAUCUGUUACUCGACGCGCCCUCCGUGCAUUUUGACCAGGAGGAAUUGUACACUGACGCGGUGGACGAGUCGUCUUUCCGCGUGUUCCUUCUGAGCGGCGAAGAGCUCGUGUAGUCAUACUCAAGACUGUUUUAAGUAAAAUCUAUUUUGUUACACCUUUACAUCACUACGAGUUAUACUUGUAGCUGAUAGCCUUAUAAUGAGUUUCAAUAUAUUUGCUCGUAAAAUGUUAUGUCGAUGCUAUGAAAAUAUUUAAAGGCACUGUGCGAUUAAAACGGCAAAGAAUAGUCUGCCUGACUGGGUGGCAAUAUUUCUCUCAGUGCCCGGUAUUAAGAGAGUACUCUCUACACCUUCUUUAUUUCUUGUGACUUUUAACUAUUAGCUUGUAAAGUCGAAUAAUAAACGUAAGAAUUAUGCGAGACUCUAUUAAAACUCUCGCCGAUGUUUCGGGCUUCAAGUUUGAGUCUUAACUUUGCGAACUUUUAUCAUAAGAAUCAUAUGAAAUACCUUAACACUGUAGCUUGCUCACUCAUAUACCUAAUUAUUUUGUAUACUAACCAAUCCUAAUCCAAAGGUAAUCUAGUUUGCCGAGAAUAAAUCAAAUUCAAAAUUCGAAAACCAAUAUCUCUAGAUGAGUUACGAAUUAUGAUAAUUGGUCGGGGGAUAUUUAAUAUCGUCAACUCGUUUUGCUUUUGAUAAUUAUUAUAGCAGAUUGCACGACACGACUCGA